CGGCUCCUCUGACGCGAGGGCAGACACAGGAGCCCGGUGAUCGUCUCUGCUUGAAUAAAUUACCGCCCCAUCAUCUUCAUGCAUAAAACAUGGCACAGGAGGCUAGGGCAGCCCAGCACAGCAGCUGCCUUCGGGCCAGUCGGGAGUUAAGGGAAGGAAAGGCAAGGCAAGUUACAAGAUAAAAGAAGUCAACGGAAGCCUCAAAUACUCUUUUUUUUUUUUUUUUUUUUUUUUUAAGAAAAGAACAAAAAGGGGGGGUUAAGUUUUCUUUUUCAUUUUUAUACGUCUGGACUUAACUUCCGGGAUAGCUGCAAGACCCUUUUGUUCCUUUGCCAUGAGCAGGUUUUAGGCCGCUCUGUUGGGACCAUGGUGUUACCUUCGCGAUUACACUGGAUCAGAAACAGGCCAUGGAGGGACAGGAUCCGGAGGCGCCAGCUCAACCGACUACCGACCAGACUCCCGGAAAUCAUGUUGGUAGGAUCCCAGUCUUUUUCGCCUGGAGGGCCCAAUGGGAUCAUUAGAAGCCAGUCCUUUGCGGGUUUCAGCGGCCUCCAGGAAAGGCGAUCCAGGUGUAACUCCUUCAUUGAAAAUUCCUCCGCUCUCAAGAAGCCUCAGGCCAAACUGAAGAAAAUGCACAAUUUAGGCCACAAAAACAACAAUCCCCCCAAAGAGCCUCAGCCUAAAAGGGUAGAAGAAGUCUACAGGGCCUUGAAAAAUGGACUUGAUGAAUAUCUGGAGGUUCACCAGACGGAGCUGGACAAGUUGACAGCUCAGUUAAAAGAUAUGAAAAGAAACUCUCGCCUGGGUGUACUGUAUGACCUAGACAAGCAAAUUAAAACAAUUGAAAGAUACAUGAGACGCCUGGAGUUUCAUAUAAGUAAGGUAGAUGAACUCUAUGAAGCUUAUUGUAUCCAGCGACGCCUCCAGGAUGGUGCCAGCAAAAUGAAGCAAGCCUUCGCAACAUCCCCUGCCAGCAAAGCUGCCCGGGAGAGUCUGACAGAGAUCAAUCGGAGCUUCAAGGAGUACACAGAGAAUAUGUGCACCAUUGAAGCGGAGCUAGAGAAUCUGCUGGGAGAAUUCUCCAUCAAGAUGAAAGGUCUGGCUGGCUUUGCACGCCUCUGUCCUGGAGAUCAAUAUGAAAUUUUCAUGAAGUAUGGCCGGCAGCGGUGGAAACUGAAAGGCAAAAUAGAAGUAAAUGGCAAGCAGAGCUGGGAUGGAGAAGAAACAGUUUUUCUGCCCCUGAUAGUUGGGUUCAUCUCCAUCAAGGUCACGGAGCUCAAAGGGCUAGCAACUCACAUCCUGGUAGGUAGCGUGACCUGUGAGACCAAAGAGCUGUUUGCAGCCCGACCUCAGGUAGUGGCUGUCGACAUCAAUGACCUUGGCACCAUCAAACUGAACCUGGAAAUCACCUGGUAUCCAUUUGACGUGGAGGACAUGACCGCAUCCUCAGGCGCUGGGAACAAGGCGGCAGCCCUUCAGAGGAGAAUGUCCAUGUACAGCCAGGGUACCCCGGAAACGCCCACCUUCAAAGACCACUCCUUCUUUUCAAAUCUACCUGAUGACAUCUUUGAAAAUGGAAAGGCAGCCGAGGAGAAAAUGCCACUGUCGCUCAGCUUCAGUGACCUGCCCAACGGGGACUGCGCCCUCACCUCCCACUCAACAGGCUCCCCUUCCAACUCAACAAAUCCAGAAAUUACCAUCACCCCUGCAGAGUUUAACCACAGCAGCUUGGCCUCCCAGAAUGAGGGUAUGGAUGACACCAGCUCAGCAUCUUCCAGGAACUCCCUGGGAGAAGGCCAAGAGCCAAAGUCACACGUGAAGGAGGAAGACCCAGAGGAGCCCAGAAAACCUGCCUCGGCCCCGUCUGAGGCUUGCCGCCGACAGUCCUCAGGUGCUGGGGCUGAGCACCUGUUCCUUGAGAAUGAUGUUGCAGAAGCACUUCUGCAAGAGUCUGAGGAGGCCUCUGAGCUCAAGCCUGUGGAACUGGACACUUUGGAAGGAAACAUCACGAAGCAGCUAGUCAAGAGGCUCACAUCUGCAGAGGUGCCAAUGGCCACAGACAGGCUGCUCUCUGAGGGUUCUGUUGGUGGAGAAUCCGAAGGCUGCAGAUCCUUUCUAGAUGGAAGCUUAGAGGAUGCUUUUAAUGGGCUUUUCCUUGCAUUAGAACCACAUAAAGAGCAGUAUAAAGAGUUUCAGGAUCUGAACCAAGAAGUCAUGCAUUUGGAUGAUAUUCUAAAAUGCAAGCCAGCAGUAAGCCGCAGCUGGUCUUCCAGUUUAAGUCUCACAGUUGAAAGUGCUUUAGAAAGCUUUGAUUUCCUGAACACCUCUGAUUUUGACGAGGAGGAGGAUGGUGAUGAGGUUUGUAAUGUUGGCGGAGGUGCUGACUCAGUAUUUUCAGACACUGAGACUGAGAAACACAGUUACAGGUCGGUUCACCCAGAAGCCAGGGGGCAUCUCAGUGAAGCGCUCACUGAAGACACAGGAGUUGGGACCAGUGUGGCAGGAAGUCCUCUCCCACUGACCACAGGCAACGAGAGCCUGGACAUCACCAUCGUCAGGCACCUCCAGUACUGCACCCAACUCGUGCAGCAAAUUGUUUUCUCAAGCAAAACCCCAUUUGUGGCAAGAAGUCUCUUAGAGAAGCUUUCUAGGCAGAUCCAAGUGAUGGAGAAACUCGCAGCUGUCAGUGAUGAGAACAUAGGAAAUAUCAGUUCUGUUGUGGAAGCCAUACCAGAAUUUCACAAAAAGCUGUCUUUGCUGUCAUUCUGGACCAAGUGCUGCAGCCCUGUUGGUGUCUACCACAGCCCAGCGGACAGAGUGAUGAAGCAGCUGGAGGCCAGCUUUGCCAGAACUGUCAACAAAGAAUAUCCAGGACUUGCAGACCCAGUGUUUCGAACCCUGGUGUCCCAAAUUCUGGACCGGGCUGAGCCUCUGCUUUCCUCCAGCCUGUCCUCGGAAGUCGUCACUGUUUUCCAGUAUUACAGUUACUUCACCAGCCACGGCGUCAGUGACCUGGAGAGUUACCUGAGCCAGCUGGCCAGGCAAGUUUCCAUGGUUCAGACUCUGCAAUCACUAAGAGAUGAAAAACUGCUACAAACCAUGAGUGACCUUGCUCCCAGCAACCUCCUGGCCCAGCAGGAAGUACUCAGGACUCUGGCUCUGCUAUUAACCAGACAGGACAACGAAGUUAGUGAGGCUGUGACGCUUUACUUGGCAGCAGCCUCCAAAAAUCAGCAUUUCAGGGAAAAGGCCUUGCUCUAUUACUGUGAAGCACUAACAAAGACAAACCUCCAGCUCCAGAAAGCAGCUUGCCUGGCCCUGAAAAUCCUUGAGGCUACUGAAAGCAUUAAAAUGCUGGUGACAUUGUGUCAAUCUGAUACUGAAGAAAUCAGAAAUGUGGCCUCAGAAACCCUCUUGUCUCUGGGAGAAGAUGGGCGGCUGGCAUAUGAACAAUUGGACAAAUUUCCUCGAGACUGUGUUAAAGUCGGAGGUCGUCAUGGAACUGAAGUUGCCACAGCCUUUUAAUUACAGGUUAACUGCCUAACAGCUGUCUUAAUAUCUGGCCCUUUUCAUCAAGAUGGUGCUGUGGUUUGGGCUGGAAAUUGUUUAGAGCCUGAGAGACACGACAACUGAAAUAAAAAUGUAGGCCAGGUGCAGUGGCUCAUGCCUGUAAUCCCAGUACUUUGGGAGGCCAACGCAGGAGAAUUGCUUAAGCCCAGGAGGUUCAAGACCAACCGGGGCAACAUAGCAAGGCCCUGUCUCUACAAAAAAAAUAGUUUAAUUAGUCGGGCAUGGUGGCAUGCACCUGUAGUCCCAGCUACUUGGGAGUCUGAGGUGGGAGGAUUGCUUGAGCCCAGAAGAUUCAGGCUGCAGUGAGCUGUAAUUGCACCACUGCACUCCAGACUGGGUGACAGAGCAAAACCCUGUCUCAAAAAACAAAACAACAACAACAACUAAAAAAACAUGUUAUAGAAAGAAUUCAGAGUCUCGUUUCACAGUACCUAUCUACUUUUCCUCUGGCCAAUAUAGAAUAGGGCUAUGGUAUAAUUCAAAUAGAUUACAUCGUCGAUUGUGUCUGAUAAUACUCAGUGAAAGAGUCCAUCUUAUCUUAAUAUGUAUGAGAUUUAAAAAUAGCCAUCUUUGUACUUUUUUGCAAGUUUCUCUAUAAGCUUGAAAUAGUCAUGUGAUACUUCGACAAACAUCAUACGCCUUGCAGUUUUUCUCGGUCGUGUUCUCAGGGUUGAGUAGUCCCCUUAGCUACCUAACUUUACUUUCAAUACAAAGCACAAAAAAGAAUAUCUUCAAAUAAAAGUUUGCCUGCAGAACCCAGCAAAAUGACCCAUUAUGAGAGUUUAGAUGUUUUAAUUAUAUGUGCUCCCAGCUACUCUGGAGUCUGAGGUGGGAGGAUCACUUGAGGCAGAGGUUGCAGUAAGCUGAGAUUGCACUACUGCACUCCAGCCCAUGUGACAGAGGAAUGAGAGCCAGUCUCAAAAAAAAAAAAAAACAAAAAAAACUCCCAUAAUUUAUUUUGUUUCUUUUCCCCAUCCUGAAAAUUCCAAAAUCAUGUUUCCAUUGUGGAAAAAAGAUAAGUAAAUGACUAAGAACUACAUUAAGAUUAUGCCUAUACACUUAAACAAAAAACUCAAAGCUUAUGUUUUUUUUUUAAUUAAUGAGAGCUAUUUUUUAUGAUAUUCUUACCGUAGGGGUGUUUUGCUGCUAAGACAAAUCAAAACCAAAAGCUGUAGAUUCACAAACCUGUGAUGCUCUUUGAGGUAGAGGAACCCAGAAGUCAGAGAAAUCCUAAUGGAGUAGGAGUGGAGGGACAUUUAAAGUGGUCCCUCCUUCUGUAAAAAUGACCGUGGGAUUAGAAAGAAGGACAUCCUGAGGGGGUGGUUACUGCCCCCAGGGAAAUCACUCACUGGUAGGAUUCCCUGGCCAAAUAGUUCAAACAUCAGGUCCCAUUAUUGCUUCAGUAUCAGAGAUGCAAGUUCAUUAAGCAAAGUACAAGACCAUUCAGUAGCUCUUAUUAAAAUAUCUUUUCUUCCUCUAAAGAGUGUACAAGGUGGGGUAUGCCAAGGUAUCAAAACAAUAUAUGUGAGUGUAAUUUAAACUGUGGAAUAUCAACUGUACUAUGGACGUGUUUGUAUCAUUUAGAUGUCAUUUUACAUAUUUACAUUUUAGCAAGACUUUUAAAAAGGACUCAUUUCAUUUCAAAGUGCAAAUUGUUUGCCAGGCUUCUGGCAAAUGGUUCUUUCAACUGUGAAGUUAUAAUGUACAUAUCUGUAUAUUUAUAAAUAUUAUAUAUAUUCAUACAUCCUUCACUUUUAAGGUACAUUGUACAGUCUGUAGUUAGUAGGUAUAGACUAUAGCUUAUGUUAAAUGGUUGAAAUGGUUCUUUUUAUAGAAAGUCAAACACAGAUGUUACAGGAUUUUGUGUUUGGUUUGUCAUUUUUUUAUUUUUUAUUUUUUUUUUGACUAUUGCAUGAGUAAUUAAUUCCAGAUCUUUUGUAUUCACUUCUGUAUUUUAUGUUUGGUUGAGGGGGUGCUUUUAGUUUUGUGGCAUUUGUAUUCAUUGAUCUUUCAGUCAUGUAAGUUAAAAUAAAAAUUAUUUUUGAAUUACUAGCA